UGGCUAUCGGAAAUGGCUGCAGCGUCCUUCACUUCCCGUUUCAAGCAAUCAGUCACCGCCGGUGCACUCAGGGCCUAUCUUGCAGAGUUCAUUUCCACAUUCUUCUACGUGUUUGCUGUCGUCGGUUCCGCCAUGGCUUCACGAAAAUUGACGUCGGAAUCGGCAACGGCAGCCGGUCCGGCGAGUCUGGUGUUAGUCGCCAUCGCGAACGCUUUCGCGCUGUCGUCGACGGUGUUCGUGGCGGCGAACGUUUCGGGCGGACACUUGAACCCCGCCGUCACAUUCGGGAUGGCGGUCGGCGGCCAUAUAAGUGUCUCGACGGCUUUGUUUUACUGGGUUUCUCAAAUGUCGGCCUCCGUCAUGGCUUGUCUUCUGUUGAAGGUCGCCACCGUGUCUCAGGACGUUCCGAUAUUUACAAUAGCGAGUGAAAUGACCGGGUUCGGAGCAUCGAUGGUGGAAGGAGUGCUGUCGUUCGGUUUGGUUUACUCGGUUUACGCAGGCAGUGACCCGAGGAACGGUCGCAGUGGACCGGUGGUGAUAGGAGUGAUGGCAGGAGCCAUGGUCCUGGCGGCAGGGCCGUUCUCGGGAGGCUCGAUGAACCCUGCAUUAGCGUUUGGUUCGGCGGUGGUUGCGGGUCGGUUCAAGAACCAGGCGGUUUACUGGGUCGGACCAUUGAUCGGGGCGGCAGUUGCCGGGCUUGUGUAUGACAACGUUGUUUUCAGGGAUCAAGCAUCGGCUAACAGGUCGAAGUCGACACCGAGGUCAAGAACCCUAACAGACGGAGAGAAUAUCAAACCCACGGCCGUCGUAUGGAGCAUGCAGAAGAAGAGUAAUAAUCAAGAGAGUGGUACUAGAGAUGGGUUCGUUAGGUUCUUGCAGCGUGGCGGUUCGAAAACAAAGGGAUCAUCAAAACCGGUCACGAAUUCUCCCUCUCCGUCUGCAUGGGCAUUGUCUCCGGGUAGGACUUCGCCAUUGAUGGUGGCGGUGGAGCCGCAAGGGUUUUCUUUUAGGACGACUGAGGUAAGGGCUAAGUGCUCCAAAGGCGGCGGCGGCAGUGGCCGUGUGACUGGGGUUUUAAAGUAUUUCAGCGGCCAGAAGAAGGUGUAA